AAUGCGAGGAGCACCAAGAGUCUUAGUUUAAUAUUUAACUUAAAACAAUCAACAACGAUUUGUUAUAAAGAAGUGUUUACGGUCAAAAUGAGUUUCACUGGGAAAGUUGUGAUUGUAACAGGUGCAAGUAGUGGAAUUGGGGCUGAUGCGGCUCUACAUUUGGCAAAAUUGGGUGCAAAAGUGUCAAUUGUUGGUCGAAACGAAAAACGAGUGAAUGAAGUGGCUGAUCAAAUAAAGAAAUCUGACGCACCAACACCACUUCCGAUCGUGGCCGAUGUGUCAAAAGACGCACAACGCAUCAUCAAUGAAACUGUCAAGCAUUUUGGUCGGCUUGAUGUUCUUGUGAACAAUGCUGGUAUCUUUAGAGCAGACAAUGUGGUACAGUUUGAUGUUAAGCACUUUGAUAGUAUUUUAGAUACAAACCUGAGGAGUGUUAUUAUUCUAACGAAUUUGGCGGUGCCCCACUUGGAAAAGACCAAAGGAAAUAUCAUAAAUAUUUCAAGCGUAUGCGGCUUACGACCAUUUGACCUCUACACUUCGUACUGUAUUAGCAAAGCUGGAUUGGAUCAGUUUACAAAAUGCUCCGCGAUUGCAUUGGCACCGAAAGGAAUACGAGUGAAUUCGAUAAAUCCAGCCACAAUCCGUACCCCAAUUUUUGAACAGAUUGGAAUCAAUGAAUCGAAUGAAAAUCAAUUCUACGAAGAUCGUAAACAUGAAUUUUUAGUGGACAGAGUUGGCGAGGUUUCGGAUACGAGUUCAGCCAUCGCUUACUUGGCUUCGGAAACAUUCUUGACUGGUGUGCUUCUGCCAAUUGAUGGUGGCUUAAUGUGUUCGGGAAUUCGAAUUAAUUUACAACAGAUUUAA